AUGGAGAUGGAUCUCCAGAAGACAAAAGAGGCACGGCGGGACACGCCUGGGAAACAGGAGGAAGGUGCGGAUUGUCCUCUGGAGACAUAUGGGGGAAGCAGCCACUCCAAGGACUCGCCAAAAAAUGAUUCCCUGGAUCACCGGGAUACGAAUAGCACUAGGGGUGCGCCAAAUGUCAAUCAACGUCGCCGACCAGCGAAUUUGACCUACGAUGACGAAGCAUGUCAGAGAGGGUCAGGACCCCCUCAAAUGGCCUCCAGCACAUCUCUCUCGUCUAAAGCAAUGAUGAAUAUUCCGACGGCGCUGGAGCUCGGUGCCAAGGAACAAAGGCUGUUGGCAUCAGCAAAACGACACCCUCCCGUCACCAAAAGCACCUUGAGCGAGCUCGAUUUACCCUGCAUCAUGAGCAAUAUCAACCUCCGGAUGGAUGCCAACUUUGAUCGGGACCUGCAUUUCAAACCGGAUCUGGACGGUGAAAAGGGGCGACGAAAACGGAGGGAGGCGACAGACUACUGGGAAGCUAUGGCAGUGGAGAUCAGCAUCUACGCAUAUUACGCCUCUCAAGGGGAGGACGACGGAGGUCAGGAUGCUCCGGUCGAUCAGCGACAGAGUUUUGAGCCCCGUCUGCCUGCCAUGUUCGAGACGUUGCAGGAUGUCCUGAAGACACUCGUUCCCGAGCGCGACCACCCCAGUGUCAUGCAAAACCUCGAGGUGGCCUUGUUAAUGCAACAAAUCCAGAAGGGGGUUCUGGAUAUGGUAGGCGUAGCUAAAUGGCUGGCGGCCUUACUCAAGACUCAUUGCGCCCCUAUGCGAGAUGAAUGGGCAGAUACUAUGGUCGAGCAGAUCAGCUCGGGCUCGCGAUCGCAGAAUUCCACCGAGGUCGUCUGCGGUCUCCAAACGCUAUUCGCAAUCUUGGAGGCUAUGAAAUUGGACGUGGCGAACCAUCAAAUCCGCGCAUUUCGGGUACUUCUCAUCGAGGAUACUAUCCCAUUUCUGCAGGAGUACUUCCGGGGCAAGAUCGAAAGGGAUAAUUUCCGCGUCGAGUCUUCUCGACUUUGGUAUCUCAAUCUCCGUGAACGAGAGCUCCGCCGGAUGGAGAAAUCGGCUCAGACCGACAGCUUUUGGCCCAUCUCAUUGCUACUUCGAGGCAUAUCUGAAUCCCUGCUGCAGUUUCGCAGCCCCGAGGCGUUCCCGGAAACGUUCAUCUUUGACUCGGAUCGGCUGUGGCAGCUUCGGGCCUGUCUCCAGAACCUCAUCAACCUUGACAUUUGUUGGUUUAUUUUUGAAUCGUACAUCCAUACGCAAAAACGGUAUCUUUCGGCACCGGCGCAGACGUAUGCCACGUUUCGCUCGCGCAUCGGGUCGCUGAUGGAGGAGAAUGAAGAUUGCUUCCGGGGGUCCCCUCAAUGGUUAAAAAAUGUACGGUGCAUCGCGCUGGAAAUCGCACGGUUCGCGUGCGCGGCAUGCUGCUGCGACGCCAUGGUGUCGGACAACGUGAUUGCACCCAUUGAGGCUGCCUUGGAGUGGCACCUGUCAAACGAGGCCGGAUUGUUUCAAUUUUUCCAGAAUUCCCUGCGAGAAAAACUACUGGCUGCCACGUUUAACUCGGCCAAGAAGUAUCUGACGAUGUCACCUCUGGCGAUCUGUGAGUCCCAACGAGGCCAUCCGCAGUCGACAGUAUCACAACAACAUUACGACGUUGAACGGAUCUCAAUGCGACUGGCACACAUGGGCGUUCUCCACUGGAAGGUAUGGGCACCGAUUCUCUACGUGCGCGAGAGCGUGUCACCGACUGACGUGGCGACAUCCCAUGUAUCUCCGAUGGAGAUGACUGACGUGGCACGUUCGUUGACACGUUGA